AAAUAAUUUAAUGACAUGGCUGACUGUGUCGUUAGUGUGUGCUUGGUCGUGCUUGUGUAACUAAAAACCGCUAUUUUAGACUAAAAAGCAGUAUAAUCGAAUCUACACCUACAAAAGCAACCAAACAGAAAAUCAAACACUACUCAUCAAUAUUGUUUCUUCGCAAAUCAUAAACAACGGAAAAAAUACUCAAAACAAUUCAAAUCUUUCACCGAAACCAAGAAAUCGCGACAUUAAUAUUAGUGUUAUCGAGAAAAAAGCCUUAAAGAAAAAAAAAUCGUAAUGCAAUUGUGAUCUCCAAGUUUGUUUCUUUUCAUUUUUUGUUUGAGAACCAAACAAAACAAAAAGCAGUGUUUAUAAAAAGAAAAAAAGUAUUGAGGAACAGAAGUUAUAACAAAACAACUCAGCACGCAUUUACGACAUCUCUUUGGAACCAAGAUUUAACAAAAAAAAAAUAAAGACGGAAACAAGAAACUACUACUACCACCACCACCAUCAUCAGGACACAACAGCCUGCCUGGCCAACAGGAAAGGAAGCGGACCGGACUAGUCACUACUGCCCGGCUGAGCCAGCAGAGCCAGCUUCACGAUUUGCGGACGGAACAAUAGAAACAGAAGCUGAGCUCGCCGAACUGCAGCAGCUGCAGCUUACGAACAACAACAUCCUCUGGAGCGCGUAAGGGCAAGUGUGUUGGAAAGGUUUUUAGAUAGACACUAGUGACGAUUUGAAGUGAACCAAGAUAACACCAACCAAAAUUAAAUAACAUACAACAGUACACAAGUGACUACGAGUUAAACAAGAGAAAAAAAACAACGGAAGCCAAAAAAAGCAAAGUAACAAGUAUUGUCUAUUGAUUUUCUCCUGUUACUGUUCGGUUAAUCGUAUAGUUUGGUGAACGAUCGUGUUCAGGACUAAACCAGAAACAUUUCGUUUCGAGUUCUACGUUUGAAUCCCGCCAUCGCAAGGUUAAUAAAUACAUACGCCAACAUUUGACAAACUGCAAGGACAAUAGUGAUUAAAUACCCGGAUAACAGAAGAAAACUAUAACCAAGUACAAAGCACCAUAGAAAGAAAAAAAACGUUUCAAUUCAAACAAGGGAAAAAGAAAACAUUUCGUUAAGUUAAUUUUUUUAAUAACAGUACGGUUAAAUCUUAGUUGAUAAUUUUGCAACUUUUACUCUUGGUGAGACUCCUUCUAAACAAAAAAAAAACAGAAGAAGAAAGUGAGUGUGAAGAAAACAAAAGAACGUGUGGCGAAGAACACUUGUGUGCAGAUUUUUUUUUGUGGUGGACACUCACAGAAAAAGAAGUAAAUCCGUUUUAUACGAGGCACGAACUCUAUAGGAAAUAUUUAACAAAUCCAAAAGUCUAAAGUGGAAAAACAAAAGAGAAAUUUAAAAUUCUGAAAUAUAAGAAUACAAAUAAAACCAUUCUGUGAUAAAGUUUAAAAAGUAAACAAGUAAACAAAAGUAAGCUACGUUUAUUGAUGCAAAUGUUAGUCUAAGCUAAACAGUAAGUGAAAACCCCUCCCCUUCAAAGGGUGCCACACGAAAUAAUAACAUUAAGAAUAAAAACGAAGGGACACGACAAAAAGAAACAGGUGAACAGUGAAGAAAGAAGGUAACAACACUUCCUACCGCUAUCGGGCGUGGACGGAACGAAAAAGACUAAGUGAACUAGCGAAGAAAACAAAACCGUAACCGGAUAGUGAUUCCUUUUACAUAUAGAAAUUAUUUGCCGAUAAGCAACCCAUUAGCUUUUAUUUAUCGAAUUUCCUCUUGUUUUUUACUGUUUAAGUUGAGUUUUAAGUUUGUUCUGUCGGAUAAGAAAAAAAUCUAAUUUACUAAAAAAGCGUGUUGAUUUCUCAAUACAAGGAGAAGGAAAAUAACAUUCUUCAAAGAAGAACUUUAAAUAUGAUAUAUGAAAACCAUUAACAAGCGAAAUUCAACUAGUUAAUCGGUACGACAACCAACGGACAACAAAUCUUUAGUGUGCUUUUCGUGGUAAUUAUUAUUGUUGUUAUAAAGGAAAUUAAAAUACGGAGUGCAUAAACGAUCAAAUCCUAGUUAUAUCGGAAGCAGUACCGACAAAGUGCGAGCAGAAGAAAGUGGUGAACAUUGUGCGCCUGUUAUUCGUUGGUCGAAGGAAUUAAACAACACAUUUGAAAGUAUAAGGAUUAAAACAUUAUAAAAAUACGAUAAGGCUGAUUUGUGAAUAUAGAAACCAAAUUCAACUAAAUAUUAAUAAUUAGUGGAAAAAAGCAAAUAGACAAAAACAACAAUUUUUCUUCGUAAUAAGCAAAUAGGGCGCCAUCCUACUGAUCAACAACUUUAUUACUCGUGACGUAGGCAUUGGACAACUAUUGAACAUUGUGGUGUGUUUCAACUGAACUCAACAGCAAACGGAAAAUUAUCAUAGCCAUACAUACCGAUUUUGAAUCGUUAGCUAUCGGUUGAAUUACUACAGUAAAUCGACGUGCAAAGAACAGUGAUUAUAGUGGCACAAUUACGAACAAGCAACAAACAUAUUUGACUCCGGAAUCUACUGAGACUUUAGCGUGCCGAGGCUCGGAAGAAAAUUGGAAGAAGUUUAGUUCUGGUGAAGAAAGAUAAGAACAUACGUAGCUGAAAGGAGUUGCUUCGUGCGAUUGAGAUCGAAAGAGCGAAAAGGAGCAAACAAUCAACGAGUACGGUUUGAGGUUAGCAAGCGAACAACAAACAGCCAAAGUGGACGCGCUGUCGCGCUCACGACGAGUGCCGGGGCCAAUUCCUGAGACGCUGUUGAACAUGGGGAGCCAAACGAAACCAUUUCGAUCCGGCGACGCUCCGUUCCUGGAUUACGUUGACUACGGCCAACGGGACAUGUUCUUCAGCGGUCAAGGCAAUCCCCCGUCAGCCUCGCGAACACCGAUGACUCCGUCGAACUCGUUCCCGCCCAUCGGUACCUUCACGCUGGAAUCGGCAACCAUGUCUACGGCUUCGGCACCACCGAAUCAAAAUUCGGUCUUUGGCGGUGGAGAUUCGAUGAGCGUGCUUGGUAAUUCGGGAAAUACCGGCACAAUUGGCGUUUUCAGCUCUAAUCCCAUGAUGAACAUGUCCAGCAACGCGGGAAACAAUAGCGGCACCGGUGGGAAUUCGAGCAACACUUAUGGAAGUGGCCCCCAGAAUAAUAAUGGUUCCGAUGCAAACCAGGGCACUCGAGAGACCGGCAUCAUAGAGAAGCUAUUGCACUCGUACGGGUUCAUUCAAUGCUGCGAGCGCCAGGCUAGGCUCUUCUUCCACUUUUCUCAGUUCGGUGGUACUAUCGAACAUCUCAAGAUCGGCGAUCCGGUUGAAUUCGAGAUGACGUACGAUAGGCGCACCGGGAAACCCAUCGCCAGUCAAGUGACUAAGAUUGCUCCGGAAGUUGUUCUGUCGGAGGAACGUGUUACCGGAACUGUUACCACCGAACUGAAGACCGAACUGUCGAAUGCAUCCUCGAGCGACACAACGACCGGACGGAUCAGCUACGAGAAUCGGGGCGAAUGCUUUUUCCUACCUUAUACCAAAGAUGAUGUGGAAGGGAAUGUGACACUGAGGGCUGGCGAUAAGGUCAGCUUUCAGAUCGCCACUAAUCAACGCGGCAACUUGGGCGCAUGCCAUAUACGGUUGGAGAACCCGGCUCAUCCAGUCAAGUAUCGCGGGGUGGUUUGCUCUAUGAAGGACACUUUUGGAUUCAUCGAGCGUGCGGAUGUGGUAAAGGAGAUCUUUUUCCACUUCUCCGAGACGGACAACACCAUCGAAUUAAGACCGGGCGAUGAUGUUGAGUUUAUCAUACAAACCCGGAAUCAGGGCAAAGAGGUCGCAUGCAACAUUGCCCGUCUCCCGCCGGGCUCAGUUAUAUUCGAGGAUGUCGAUUCCACCAUCUACAAGGGCCAGGUGCUAAAAUCGCUAGAUCGCAAUAACCAACUACGGCAACAGAACAACGAUCCGCUACCCGGACGAAUUAGAUAUAGAGCUGCCGAUCAUUCGGAAGUAGAAGUGCCAUUCGGGGAUAAGGACCAGAAGGGUGACUUUACUCUACGCCAUGGCGAUUGGGUACAGUUUCUGCUGGCAACCGAUCGCCGUGAUCAACUGCAGCGGGCGACGUCGAUUUCGCUCCUAGACGAAACGUUCCAGGUAUCCGGGGAAAAGCGCGAACAGGGUGUCGUAGCUUCACUCAAGGAAGGUUUUGGCUUUUUGCGCUGCGUUGAGCGUAAUCCAAGACUGUUUUUCCACUUCACUGAGGUUUUGGAUACGAGCCGCGAAAUUUGUGUUGAUGACGAAGUAGAAUUCACCGUUAUUCAGGAUCCGGGAUCUAGCUUUGCCAAUACUCGCCAGAGUGCGAUUCGCAUCAAGCAUCUGCCAACGGGAACGGUCAAGUUUGAAAACUUGAUCGAGAGCAACGUUGAAGGUAUUGUUUCGCGUGAAGCUCCCAAAAGUCCGACUAAAUCGCAGGAUCGUACAGAGGGUGGUGUCAUUUCCUACGGCCAAGGCCCUAACAAAAAGACUAUAAUGUAUUUCUUGAAAGAUUGUGAUAAAGCACCGCGUGUGGGUGAUAAAGUUAGAUUCAAUAUCUGUCAAGUAAAACGUAACAAGGAGUUGAUUGCUACUAACAUUCAAGAAAUCACUAACAACCCUCAUCAACUGCAACAACAAACGUCAUUAAAUGCAGGAGUUGAUCAGCAGCAGCUCCUUCAACAGCAACAGUCUCAACAGAUGCAACUCGCUUCACUACAAACUCUUCAGCAGGCACCACAUUCACCUAGCGCUGGUAUGAACAACGGUAACCGCACUUUGAAUAACAGCUCCAGUAUGUUGAAAGCUAACUACGCAAAUGGGAAUAUCAAAACCGGGAAGAUUCAACAUGGUUUCAUCGCUGUGUUAAAGGAAAACUUCGGUUUCAUCGAAACCAUCGAGCACGAUCAGGAAGUAUUCUUCCACUUUAGUAACUUUAUAGGCAACACUAGCGCCUUGGAACUGGGCCAUGAAGUCGAGUAUUCUUUGUCCACCCGUAGUGCGGUCAAUGCAGGCAACUGCAUUCCGGCCGAGAAUGUUAAAAUCAUCUCUAAAGGUAGCAUCCCCCAGUCGAAGGUUCUGCCAGCGCUGUACAACGGAAUCGUUUUGCGUCCAUUGAGGUGCAUUAAUCCAGAUCAGCUGGAAUAUUGUGGGCUGGUGCAGGUACGCAACGAAACUGGUGAUGCCCUAUCGACCCACGAGUUUGGCAUUACCAGCCUGAAGAACAAGCGGGACUUGUUGCAAAAGGAUGAUGUCGUGACAUUUAAGAUUGACGAACAGAACCGUGCCGUUGAGGUUACAUCGAUCCGCACCAAGAAGCAGGCCAAGGUUGACUCCGUCAAGGGUUUAUUUGGCUUUCUGGACUUUGAGGUGGAGGAAGGCAAGAAAUUGUUCUUCCAUAUGUCAGAGGUGCAAGGGGGUGGUAGCUUGUAUCCUGGCGAUUCUGUGGAAUUCUCCAUUGUCACUAAUCAGCGCAACGGCAAAACAUCCGCUUGUAAUAUGAUCAAGGUGGCGGACAUGAACGGAAUGAGGGCCGAAAGACUACUGUCGCGCAUCAAAAUUAAUUCAGUUGACGAUAGCGGACCACGUUUGACGGUGAUUCGUGCACCGAAAGGACCAGAUGGUACAAAAGGCUUCCAUAUUUCAGUCAGAGCUCCACGUUUAGUUGGAAUUUGCUUGGAAUAAACACUUUACACUAUUAUUAAAGGAUAAUAACGCUAUAUUUUGUUUUAUUUUUCUAAUGAUUUAUUAUUUAAAUUAUUUAAACAAAUCUUUUUAUCGCUACUAUAUUAUUGUAAACCGUAAGCGCUGAGUAAUUAUUAUUUAUAAAGAUGAAACUACACAAAAACAAAAACAGCAAGUGAAACAGAACUUGUUUGCGCCGUAUAUAUAAAUAUGUAUUCAAGUAAAACCAAUGUGAAAAUAGUGAACAGAGCAACACAAUAAAUAACGCAUUCAAAUAAGCAACAAAACUAAUUUGCACAUAAACAGUCGGGAGGACAAAGAAUAGUUAAAACAUAGGCAGAUUUGUAUUUGCUGCGGGAAUGUAAGGAAGAGAAAAUAUGUAUUAUAAUAAUGCGGAAAUCGUGAAAAAAAAAUAUAUAUACUUGUUUCACAAUGGUGUUAACUUUUUUCUGCUUUUUCCGCCGCUUUAACUCAAUUGUGAAACAAAGUAAAAACAAGGCAAAAUUAUAUAUCUUAAACUGUGAAUGAAAGCAACAUAAGAAAACGAAACAUUGAGCACUAUCCAAACAAACCAAGUUUUCGUGACGUCAACGAGCAAUUUUUGUUAUCAAAAUUGUUUCUAAAACAUCCAUACUUUUAGCUCUGAGACCGAUGAUGAAACAUACGAAAUGAGAAUGUUCUUUUUUGUUGUAUGAUUGUUUUUACACACUCGUGUUGUCAUAUUUUGUUCGUUGAUUCAGCUGUAUCAGUUAGUGUUUAGUUCCCUACAUGCGAGUAGUAAGCAAAGCAAGUAAAAUUUACGCGCGAAACAAGAAAACGGUUAAAAUACAUCAAAAUAGAGUAAUAUGAUAUCGCAAACAACCAUUUACACAUGAAUCUAAUUCAUCAUUCUGUGAAUCGCUAUUUGUAAAAUGAAAAAAAAAAAACAAGUAAAGAAUACCAAAACCUAUUUCUUUGAAAUCGGGAAUCUUCAGACUGUUAUCGCCCACGUUUCAAUGUGUCUCCUGUCUUUAGAAUUUACUCCCUCAAAUAUAAAGCAAACAUUUUUUGCUUACCUACACCGAUAGCCUCUCUGAGAAUGAAAUAUUUACUAUGUUUUUGUUGUUUUUUUUAUUGGUCUACUCUUUGUGUACGUUUCAUAGUAUGGCACUAGCUAGAUUCCUAGAGAAGUCAGUGCAUUAAUCGCGGUGGUUUUUAUUCUAAAAAUGCUAGACAAACAGCAGGUUUUCAAGAAAAACCACGCCAUUUAACGAACCCCUAUCCAAAGGAACCUCGCCUGAGAAAGAAUCACAUUCUACUAAGCUAGGCAAAACGCAACACACAUAUACAAGAAUAUUUAUCGCUUGAAACGUAAACGUACUAUUAUAAGUGUGAAUAAAGUGAAACUAAUUUAGGGAUACAAUUGACAACAAGAAAGAAAUGUGGAAUAAUAAGCAACUGAAACUGUGGAGGAGAAUCACGAAUAAACAAGAUUGAAGCCAAUAGGAAGGGAGGCUAUCGUUAUCAAGUAUAAGCGUCUUGAUAAACUCCCUGUUUUUUU